GCCCGCGACACUGUCCGACACGGUUCUCCGUCAUUGAUGGCGAAAGCAAUCAGAUAAAACUUCAAUAGCCAUGGAGCCAGGAUACCCCGAUGGCAGCGAGCAGGAUGUCUACGUACAGCAAAGGAAACAGGAUUGUCUCCUGCGAAUACACAACUCUACUGGCUCUGCUGAACACUGUCCCCGGGUGUGGGACGGGAUGUUGUGUUGGCCCCCAGCUAGACCUGGGACUGUCAUUACCCUCCCAUGUCCAUCGUACAUCGUCGGCUUCAACCCCCAGAGGGUCGCCACCAAGGUUUGCACGGAGGCAGGAGAUUGGUUCUUCAACAGUGGUACCAACGCUACAUGGACCAACUACACACAGUGUUACACCAGUCGUAUGACCAAAGUAGUUAUACGUUUCCCGGAGCUCAGAAACUCUUCCUUAAUUGCUCAAUAUGUUCCUUUGGUCAAGACUGUAUCCAGGGUCGGCUAUGGUGUCUCUCUACUGACCCUUAUCGUCGCUUUCUGUAUAUUUGCUACUUUUAAGAAACUCCGCUGUCCCCGCAACAAGCUGCACAUGCAUCUGUUCGUGUCGUUCAUGAUGCGCGCCUUCACCACUCUGCUGAAGGACGCGUUGUUUGUACGAGGAGUCGGCCUGCCUUCGGACCUCGCCUUCUGGGAGGGAGAAGCUUACUUCUUGCAUGAGAAUGAGCAAAACUGGCAAUGCAAGUUGAUCAUGAGUCUCUGGCAAUACUUCAUCAUGGUCAACUACUCGUGGAUUCUGAUGGAAGGCAUUUACCUUCACAACCUCAUAUUCCUAGCGGUAUUCUCCGAUACAUCCGCCAUCACUGUAUACGUUGUCCUAGGGUGGGGUCUGCCUCUAUUGUUCGUCAUGCCCUGGGUGAUUGUUCGAAUGUUGUGGGAGAACACCCUGUGCUGGACAACCAACAACAACCCUAACUAUUUCUUGCUCAUCAAGGUCCCCACUACCGUCUCUAUCCUGGUAAACUUCGUCCUAUUUAUAAAUAUCGUGAGGCUUCUGUUGUCAAAACUGAUGGCUGCAAUAUCAGAGGAAUCACGCAGGUUUAGGUACAGUGUGUUCCGUGUGUACAGGAGAUGGGCAAAGUCCACGCUGGUGUUGGUUCCGCUGUUCGGGGUCCACUACAUCGUGUUCCUCAUUAUGUCCUACAUCGGAGUGGAAGAGAACGUUGAGAUCGUCUGGCUCUUUAUUGACCAACUAUUUACGUCGUUUCAGGGGUUCCUUGUUGCGAUCCUGUACUGUAUUCUGAAUGGUGAAGUGAGGUCUGAGAUCGGAAAGCAGUGGAGAGGGUUGCCACUGUGGAGGGCCCGUGCUGCUUCCCUCCCUCUCAACAUGUUCCCCCACCAUCGCCACUCCCACCCCUCCCAGGGCUCUGGGUCCUACCUGGCGAGGAUGUUUGGCCGCCGCCACUCUGGCAGACGCUACGGCAACGGCUGCAAUCGAGAAAAGGAUGCAUGUGCCACUACAAUGAUGUCUAGUGUCACCAACGACGCCAACGCAGGCUCUGUCUCCCUCCCGCACAUAUGACGGUCAUCUGGUCUAUAAUGUGGAUCAUUGGAAGAUAGAGAAUAGCACAAGAUAAACUGUCCAUUAACUCAUAUGAUUUAGAAUUUGUAUCAUGGUUUGUCUACAAUAAAAUUUUAAAUUAAUGGAAAAGCUAGGUUUAUAGUGGACUAUAUUUUGUAUUGGAAAACAACUUGUAAUAACGAUACCUUUUUUAAGAUUUUGUAACAUUAAUAAGUUUUAAUACGUUUGUUACAAUGAAAAUGUGACUAUUUUUGUAAUAUAUUCUUUACACAUUUUACCUGAUACAAAAGCAUGAGUUUGGUACUAUUCUGUAAA